GAGAUGAAGACAAAGGAGGAGAUAAUGGUGAUCCUGGUCUUCAAGGAGAUGAAGACAAAGUAGGAGAUAAGGAUGCUGGUCUUCAUGGAGAUGGAGAGGAAGGUGGAAAUAAUGAGAAAGAACCGAAGGAAGAUGAUAAUAAGAAGACUGGCAAUGCUGAUGAUGAUUGUGGUCUUCAAGGAGAUAAAGAGGAAGGAGGAAAUAAGGAGUUGGAUGCUGGGGUUCAUACAGAAGGAGAGAAAGGAGGAAGAAUAUGUGAAGAACAUGCACAAGUUGAAGAGGAAUGCGCUUGCAUUCUGUCAAGUGAAUUUGGAGAUUGCCCAGAAUAUUCGGGAGGAAGGCGAGAAGCUGUCUCAAGACAGUAUUUCUCUGGAUGAUAGUGAAGUAUUUAACCCAGAUUUUCUGAGUCAAAUUGACGACAUAUGCAAGCGUCAUUUGGAAGCGAAAGACAGUGCAAACAAAGUUGAUCCUACAAUUUCACUAUUGGUGAAGCGGCCUGUUGAAUUGGAGUUUGGAAGAAUUGAAAAUGUUCCUGAUUUGGAUUCUGGUGUUCAUGGAGUUGAUUUGAAAGAAGGAAAUGAUGAAAAAGAAGGAGAGGAGGAUGAGAAGAAGAUGAAUGCUGAUGAUGAUCAGCAUAAAGAAGAUGAUGAUGAUGAUGAUGAUGAUGGUGAUGAUAAGGAUCACCAGAAUUAUAAUGAGACAAAGGAUGAUGAUGCUGAUGAUAAUGGUGAUCCUGGUCUUCAAGGAGAUGAAGACAAAGGAGUAGAUAAGGAUGCUGGUCUUCAUGGAGAUGAAGACAAAGGAGGAGAUAAUGGUGAUCCUGGUCUUCAAGGAGAUGAAGACAAAGUAGGAGAUAAGGAUGCUGGUCUUCAUGGAGAUGGAGAGGAAGGUGGAAAUAAUGAGAAAGAACCGAAGGAAGAUGAUAAUAAGAAGACUGGCAAUGCUGAUGAUGAUUGUGGUCUUCAAGGAGAUAAAGAGGAAGGAGGAAAUAAGGAGUUGGAUGCUGGGGUUCAUGCAGAAGGAGAGAAAGGAGGAAAUGUUGAGAAAGAACAACCAAAGGAAGCUGAUAGGAAGAGGAGGAAUGCUGAUGAUGAUCAAGUCAAAGGGGCUAAGGAUAAGGAUAAGUGUAAAAUUUCUACACACGUCCCUACUCGCACCGCUGCUGGUAUUGAUAUUGUUGAUCUUCGUACUCCAACUCCUCCUCCUCCUCUCCUCCUGUUGUUGAAGCUGUUGAGAAUGUAUAUAGCAGAAAGUCUUGGAGAGUUGAUUCUUCUGCUAAAAGGAAAAACAUUGCUGAUUUCGAUGCCCCUUCAUUCCAACUAUUAACUCCUAGUCCUGUUGUUGAGGAUCUUCCAUACAGUGCAGAGAGUGGUGAGGGUGUUGGAAGUUCAAUUCCAAUCAUCACUCCAGUAAAUGUAAAAUAUCCUCGAGUAAGUAUAGUUUUAGUUUCUGUUUUAAUUUGUUUAUUUUUCUGUUUCAGUUAGUGUAUGUUUCUUGUCAUUUAGUAUAUCUUUUAUUUCAGUUAGUGUAUGUUUGUUUGUUGUCAGUUAGUAUCAGUUUAUGUUUGAGUUAGUGUAAGUUUCAUGUCAGUUAGUGUUUUUUU